AUGGCUUCGAACAACGCUUCUGAGCGGCUGUUCAAAUACCCUCCCAUGGAGCGUCAGGACCUCAAUCAGUCUCAGCUCGGCAGCUUCAAAUUCACUCCUGUGGAUCCUGUCAGCAGCAGCAGCAGCAUUCAAACCCUCACCCAGUCAGCAAAGCUCUACCUUGAAGAGCAGCUCAGCCGGAGGCUGCCUCGCGUUGCAGCGGGCACUUCACAGAACAAGCUCCACACUGUCACUAAUGUGUCACCUGAGAAACCUCUAUCAUACUCAAACUCUUCUUCGGCCGAUGCAAACUUCUUCAACAAACACAUCAAACCUGAUCUUGGCGAUUCUCGUCUGCGACUUGGUCCUGCAGCGCUCCGUUCUGCUGUUGCAGGUGCUGCAAGCCCGACAAAGAACGUCUCCGUGAUUCAGGUACAGCAGGAACCCAAUGCUGUCCUGAGAGAACAGCGACAAAGUACCUCUUUCAACGCUCCAGAAUUGGGGCUAUCCCAAAUUCAAGUCCCACCCUUGGAUCCAAUGUCUACUGCAUUCCCACAAGAGGGGGAAUACAGCGGUCAAAGCCUGAAUGACGAAACUUCUUUCAGCGAAACGUUGUGUGUGGCCCUCGCGAACGAGCAGCGAGCUCACAGUGUGACCAAAGCAGUCUUGAACUACCAGAUUAGAAAACGCACUGAGGCGGAGGAUCAACUCAAGCAAUAUAGACAACAGAUCUCGAGCAUGACAAUGACAAUCAAAAACCUAGGUGACAUCAUCAAAUACAAUACCAACAAGUAUCACCGCGUCGCCCCUGGUGUAUGGCCUCUUGAACGGCCUGGUGUAUGGCCUGAUAAACUGAAAAUCGCCAACUUUCCAGACGAAUCAGAAGAAGAGGCAGCUUUGAAAGAGUUCUACCGUGAAUACCAAAAAGCCAAAGACGCUGCCAAGGAGAAGGAACAGCGUAAAGAAAAGGAACAACAAACAGAAAAAGAACGUUCCGGAACUGGUGUCUCAGCCAAGAAAGACACGGCUGAUGUGAAUGUCGCGCCAUUCAACGAUGUCGUCGAUGAUGCGCAGCUCUACAAUCUUGAACUGCUGAAGAAGCCCACGUUUGAUGAUUCUGCCGACUCCAUUUUACGGCGAACUCUUCGCAAGCACUUCUCCAUCGACGAGAACGUUGACGACGGCAAAGCCCCCACCACUCCUGCUAGGCGUCGUCCAAGUAUCAACAGACUCAUCGACAUCUCCCCAGAGUCACUCGGAGAAGCAAAGGAGAAGGAAAAAACUGAAGGCGAAGGUGACAUGGCUGCUCCAAAGGAAGAAAGCCGGGUCGAUGAUCUUGCAAACGAAAUUCAGCAACGACUGAAAGUUUCAACAAACAGCAAAAGUCAAGUCCGCCUUCUGACUACGGAAAAUCCUGUCCUCGAGCUGCCUGCGGAAUUUGUUGCUAAGUAUGGGCAAAAACCUGUCGAUGCAGAGGCGCAGGCCUCCGGAGAAAAGUCAAACGGAGUGAAGCUGCAUCUGUCAAAGGCUGAGGUGUUCCUGCAUAACGAAACACCGAGCAAGCCGUCCAGCGACGAGCAAUAUGGCAGACUCAGCCCGCCUUCUUCUCUCGCCGACGACCGUCAUGGCCAACCCGCCACCGAUGUGGUCCCUUCCACCGCAGCUCAGCCAAAAUCUCGCAUCACUCUUCAGGUCGGCGAUAACCUUCAUGGGGAGCCGAAAUGGUUGAUUACGAAAGACAAUCCAAUUUUUGAUAGUGAGGAAGAAAAGUGGCACGCCCUCGGGGAGAACGGGAUUGCCUGGCGCCAAAACAGCCCCUUCAUGGACCAUCCAGUGCGCUACCUUCCUGAGGAUGCAGCUGGCACCACUGAUGCAUAUCGCACUGUCAUGAUCGACGCCAUUCCUAUCGGCAGCACUUUUCCGGAUGUGCUGAGUAUUGUCAAGGGCGGUUCCCUGGAGUCAAUCCAGCUUUUCCCACCCAUCGGCAAAGUGACAAACUUCAUGACUGCUCGAGUUGUGUUCAAUUAUGAAGAGUCUGCGCACAACAUGAUCAAACACCAAGAAGCUAAAGCUGGGGAAGACAAUGACUCGAACCGAUUCAAGAUAAAGGGGGUUGCCGUUCGAUGCUGGAUGCCCACGGAUCCAACUUAUCCCCGAAAUGAGGAGCUUGAACGCAAAGUCUUGGGCAGCUCUGGUGCUUCCCGGAUCAUCCUCAUCAGUGACAUAGAUGAGUACAUCUACAAUACGAUCCCAUUCAAGGUCAAACACCCUCAUGCUCAACAUGUCAUUGAGUACAGCUACACACCUGAUGGCUGCGCAUCGAUCGAAUUCACCAAUGUCAAGACUGCCAUCAAGGUGAUGGGUUUGUUGAAGAUGGAUGAAGAUUUCUGGAAUGGCAGUCUCCAGUACGAUACUGACUACACGUGUACGCCGUACGUCAAGGGAGAGGAGAUGGGCAAUUGA